GUGAUGGAAGACGCGCAAGUGUUUAGAUGUCUCGUGUCUACUUGUCUUCUAUCUUUACAGAUGAAUGGUCCCCUUCAUUCUUUGGUGAUUCGCUGCUACACAGUUGGCAGUCCGCAGAAGUGAAGGUGUCUGAGAAGUGCUGAAUGCGUCACGUGACGGCGGUGUGAUUGGAGAUUAAGAAAGAAAGGGCAUCCUGCCCUAUUUUGUGCAUGUAGAAGAGGAUCCAUGGGUGUCCUGCGGGUGCUGGCGGUCACCAUGGGAAGGAUCAGCACUUUUAGGUCCUAUCAGAUCAUGCUGCUCUUUGCUGCAGCCCUGGCAGUGGUGGCCUUCUACUACUUUGGCUCUGAAAAGCAGAACUUCUCCAGCACCACAAAACGGAUCAAGGAAACACAAGCGAGCCACAACAGCAAUCGUGAUGAUGCAGAUCUCUCCACAGACAUCCGGUCUGGAAGUCCAGAAAGCAGAACGGGAGCUGGAGAUGAGCUGGAGGGAAAGCCGUCACGCGUUCAUGCUCUCAUGAUGUUCACCAAAGUUGACAAGAGCUUGAGCUUGCAGCAGAAGUUUCAGGUGGCCAUGCGCUCCGUGGCCAAACAUGGACGGUUCCUGGAGGAUGAGGUGCUGGUUCUCCAUUACGUCUCUGAUGCUGGAAGUCGGGAGCUGGGGGAGAAGAUGCUUCCUGAACUUCUGCUGGAUGCAACCUUCCGGUACGAGAUGUCUCGUGUCUACUUGUCUUCUAUCUUUACAGAUGAAUGGUCCCCUUCAUUCUUUGGUGAUUCGCUGCUACACAGUUGGCAGUCCGCAGAAGUGAAGGUGUCUGAGAAGUGCUGAAUGCGUCACGUGACGGCGGUGUGAUUGGAGAUUAAGAAAGAAAGGGCAUCCUGCCCUAUUUUGUGCAUGCAGAAGAGGAUCCAUGGGUGUCCUGCGGGUGCUGGCGGUCACCAUGGGAAGGAUCAGCACUUUUAGGUCCUAUCAGAUCAUGCUGCUCUUUGCUGCAGCCCUGGCAGUGGUGGCCUUCUACUACUUUGGCUCUGAAAAGCAGAACUUCUCCAGCACCACAAAACGGAUCAAGGAAACACAAGCGAGCCACAACAGCAAUCGUGAUGAUGCAGAUCUCUCCACAGACAUCCGGUCUGGAAGUCCAGAAAGCAGAACGGGAGCUGGAGAUGAGCUGGAGGGAAAGCCGUCACGCGUUCAUGCUCUCAUGAUGUUCACCAAAGUUGACAAGAGCUUGAGCUUGCAGCAGAAGUUUCAGGUGGCCAUGCGCUCCGUGGCCAAACAUGGACGGUUCCUGGAGGAUGAGGUGCUGGUUCUCCAUUACGUCUCUGAUGCUGGAAGUCGGGAGCUGGGGGAGAAGAUGCUUCCUGAACUUCUGCUGGAUGCAACCUUCCGGUACGAGACUGAAGGUGGAAUUCUAAUCCUAUGGCAGAAAGGGCAUUUUAACGUGCUUGCUGACAUGCCCUCAGAACUGAAGCGCAUUGUUCAGUUGGACCUGGACCUCAAAUUCAGAAGCAACAUCAGAGACCUCUUCCAAGAGUUUAACCAAUUCCCUACUGAGGCUGUCAUUGGAAUUGCACGUGAAAUGCAGCCAGUUUACAGGCACACUUUCUGGCAGUACCGCAAAGAGAAUCCGAAGUCCCGUGUGGGUGACCCUCCACCAGACGGCCUGCCCGGCUUCAACAGCGGCGUAAUGCUUCUGAACCUCGACUCCAUGCGUCGCUCUACCUUAUACAACCAGCUUCUGGAGCCCGAGCGGGUGGCUCGCCUUGCAGAGAAAUACCACUUCCGGGGGCACCUAGGUGAUCAGGAUUUCUUCACGAUGAUCGGGAUGGAGCACAGGGAACUGUUUUACCCACUGUCCUGCGGCUGGAACCGACAGCUUUGCACAUGGUGGAGGGAACACGGGUAUGGUGACGUCUUCCAGCUGUACUAUCGCUGCGAUGGGCCGGUGCACAUCUACCACGGCAACUGCAACACUGCCAUACCUGAUUAUUGAGGUUCAAAGUGCGCCUUUGAAUGCCAACUUUUAGAUUAAACUCAUUUUGUUUGCACAUCUUGAACAACUUUAAAUCAAGUGGACCAAGGCAGAAGGGGCUCUUUGUUAGAGGUGCUAAUAGUGCAGCAUUCCCAUGACUAAUCACAUUUACACAAUAUAACACCGCUGAGUCUGUUGGUGCCUUUCCAAAGUUACUGAAAGUAUGCUGGGUUAAAUACCAGUUGUUUUUCUUUAUUUAAAGAAUGCAGUGAGGCUUUGACUCUCAGUAGUCUGAGUUUCCUCAUGCAGGUGUCUCAUUAAAUCACUCUUAGACAGCAGGUUGUUAAAAAGAGCCAAUCAGAGUCUUUUUCUCCUUCUAAUUUCACUCUGUAUCGUUUACAGGUGCAGUUGCACUCUUGCAGUCACAUUAAGGCCCCUGGUUGUCAGUAAGAUGUCGGUCAUUUGGGCUUUGCUCACACUCAGAAAGCUGCAGAGCUCUGUGUGUUGGCAGAAGUGCUGUAGGGUACUAAGAUUUCAUCAGAAAUGAUGAAAUAAUGAAAUCUCAUUGAAUUGCAGCACUAUAACAUCAAGGGGAGAUAGAUCCGAGGGGAAGCAUAUACAAGGAAAAUAACAUGGGAGCUAGAGUAGAGCCUUGAGGGACCC